CUUUUGAACUUUGUGCCUCAAAAUUUUAGUGUAAGGGGAAAAAAACUUGUGACUCUAUAUACACCAACUUUGUUACAUACAUAACCACAUAUAAAUAUAUCAAGAAACCAAAGAAGGAUUGUGAUGGAAUUAGAACAAGACCAUGAUCUCUCUAGUGCUUACAUUCGAAGUUUGGUGAAACAAAUAACAACCACAAAACCAAAAGAAACCAUGAACCCUAUCAAAGAUUGUGUUUUUGAUGGUAGUGAUUCUCCAAGACAACAAAGUUUAAGAAAACAUGUCAAAGUUCAACACCAACAUCACAAAAAACAAGUUAGAAGAAGGCUUCAUACUAGUAGACCUUAUCAAGAAAGACUUCUAAAUAUGGCUGAGGCUAGAAAAGAAAUUGUAACUGCCUUGAAGUUUCAUAGAGCAGCUAUGAAACAAGCUAGUGAGGAAGAGCAACAACAAAAGCAUCAACAACAAGUUGAAGAAGAAUCAUUAUUAAUAGUGUCUUCUAACCAACUUUCACAUGUUUUAAGUUUUGACAUUGAGAAGGAUUUAAGUUUCAAUUCUAGGAUAAAUCCUAGGAUUUAUCCAUCAUGCAAUGACAAAUUUUCAAAUGAUUUUUCCUAUUCUUCUUUUUCUCAUCCUUCACUUUCACUUCCACACUUCCACACAUGGCCUAUUUCUCCAUCAUUUUCUCCAACCCUUUUGGAUGAAAAUUUAAAUUUUACCCUCCCAAAUCAAACUUUAGGAUUGAACCUUAGUUUACAUGAUUUCAACAAUUUAGAUGACACCCUUUUACUUAACAACAACAAUAAUGAUAAUUCUUCAUUUUGUUCUUACUCAUCUCAAACAUCAUCAUUUCCUUCACUUUCUCUACCAAAUGAUCAUGAAGUUCCUUCAAUUAAUAAAGUAUCACAUGAAGAAGGUGUGACUUUAGAGGUUGAUACCAUUGAAUCAAGGGUUACAACUAAGGUCGACGAAGGAGAAUGUCAUUCAGCCGUGGAUGAUAAACUUAUGGAAGAAAUGAGAUCAUUAGGAGAACAAUAUCAAAUGGAAUGGAAUGAUACUAUGAAUUUGGUUACAUCAACUUUGUGGUUAAAUUUCUUGAAGAAAAUGGAACAUGAUGCAUAUACAACACAAGAGGAUGAUGCAUGUCAUGUCUUUGAAUCAUGGAAUUUCCAACUUGGUUGAAUAGACAAGAAGAAAUCUGUUUAGAACAGUGGUCACAUGAUCACUUCAUAUAUCUCAACUUACCUUGGUAAGUUCAACAAAAAUUUCAUAACUUUUGAAAAUGAAAUUUUAUUUAAAAAAGUUCUUUUUGGUUGUACUUUUGUACCUAUCAAAAUAAAAGGUACAUGACAAUAUGUGCACCUUUGUUUAAAUUUUCUUGUAACAUAGCCAUAAAACUUUAAGUAAAUUUU